AUGUGGAAACCGAGCCAGGUGCAGGCAUCGCACAGACGUCGGGCGGUCAUGGUUUGGAUUGUGUCGGUGGUCGGCAUCAUUGCAUAUUCCGGCUGGCUGUUCUACAAAGCAGCAGAGAAGGCGAAGGCACCCGACACGUCUUUCGCAUUGACGAACGUCGUAUACAAGUACCCCGACCUCUGGAUUUGCCCGUACGUGAACUACGGCUGCGACGAGUGGGAGCUCGAGGAGGAGUGCGUGGAUUCUGCGUGGAUGACCGAAGGGGGCAAACCGGACGCGGUGUUCUACCCCAGAGUCAAAUUGGACCAGCUCCAUCAAGUAACAACCGAGGAGCGACAAAUCAAUGCUAUCCCUGAUUUGACCAAUUUCGACAGCGAGGGGAACGAGCAAGAAAACAUGUACUGGUACCCGGGCGGCAAAUUUGGUAACUCUACGACCUGCGUCGCGGAAGGGGUAGAGUGGGCGGACCACAGGGAGUGGGUUUAUGGCUUCCUGAGCGACCCCGAGGACCCCACAGCGAUCUCAACAGGAUUUCCGUUGUCCUACAGCUGUAUCACGAAUACCUCGAACACCCACAUCUUCAACACGCUCGGCAUUGGGCUUACCAACCAGAACAAGUUCAUGUCGGAUGACAUCUCAUCGUACAAGGCGCUGUUUACGAAUUUUGGAGUUCACAAGAAUACGGUGAACCCAAACAUCACAAUGCCAUACGCCCACGUGUCUCUGGAGAUGAAGCAGCAGGCUGACUCUUGGGAGAUCAUCACAGAGUCCAACCCGUACGAAUUCGCCGAGAUGUUUGGAAAUAUUGGCGGGUUUUGGGGUGAGUGCGACAAAACGAACCGGUACAUGUGA